CCAACGCCCUUCUCUCCAAGCAGUCCUCUACGUCUUUGAGCGGCGGUCCUCGUGCCAAACCGGCGGAUGGAUCUGUCCGGAACAUGAUUGUCGAGACAGAGACCGUCAGCUCCAUCCCCCAGGUAUCCUUAGCUGUGGCUACCGGGGACCGGGGCAACACUGGUCGGGUUGAUCCGUCGGGCACUCUUCGCAUGAAGGGUAGCCAGGAGACAAUCCGGGCCAAGAAAGAUAAGAAGCGGGUGCGCAAACCGGCGACCUUGGCCAGCGGCGCUGCAUCCUCCAAAGCGGACAUUUUCGAAGCUAAGGUGGCCAGCGCCGUUGACGAGGCCGAUGUGUCCGACUCGGACGAAACGUUUGUGUACGAGUCCAACCCUCCAGACCCGUAUCCCGUGCGGCAGAAUCGGUACCAUUCCCGGACCCCUAGUGCCACCUCCAUGGCCAGUCAGGUCGAUCAGCUUUCUGCGGUUCGCAGUCGGCCAGGAAUUCGGGAUGGCAACCACAGUGUGACCGGCAAGCGCAGCAUGAAGUUUACGAAUAAUACAUUUGCUAGCGGAGCGGACGAUCCCGGCGAAGAGAGUGCCCGAAGCCACUCCCGAGUCGAUAACGGCGGCACUCACACGCCCCGCCACCAUCACAUCGGGCGAUACGGACGCAACAACAACCUGUAUCCGUCCCUAUUCGAUCAUGAGUCACCGUUCCCUCAGCCUCAGACACACCUCAAGUCGCCCCGGCAUUUCAUCAGCGGCGGGUACCGGCAGUCCCGACAUCCGGGGUCUCGCGCUGGACCCAACUACCGCACGAUCAGCGGCACCAAAAAGUCGAACGAUGGCUACGGCUACGAUUUUGAUGCUGAAGGGGCGGAUGACGAGCGGACGCCGCUGGUAGGGUCCCCCCGAGUGACACGCAGCCGUCAUGGCGCUGGUCGACGCCCCAAUAGUGCUAGCCUACGCCAGAUGGAAUACCUCCAACAGCGGCAACGCGGGUAUUUUUCGCGGUACGGUGCGUGUGUGAUCAUCAGCCUGCUGCUCUUAUUGCUCGUCGGGGGUGUGACGUCGUUCGUGGUGGCCUCCACGAAGGCUCUCGUGGACGUGGAGAUUCUAGACAUCCAGAACGUUCUUGCUUCCGAGCAGGAGAUUAUGUUGGAUCUGAACGUACAAGCCAUCAAUCCGAACUUGUUCCCCGUGUCCAUUGACGAUAUGGAUAUGAACAUCUUUGCCAAGAGUCGAUUCGUUGGGACCGACGAGCUUUGGCGCAAACUCAGCUCCGACUCGAGCUCCGUCCCCAGAGUGGAGAACAGCAGAAAACGAGCCGAGAUGGCUCUCAUCGCUCGCUGCGCUGGCGAUGCGAGUUGUCUGUCGAAUAGCACCCUAUCGGUGCACGGCAAGAAGACCAAGGGCGGCGUGGACAAGGGCACGGAUCCCAUCGAGUCUGAUCCGGCGGGCGAUCCCCAGACUAUGCUGCUGGGUCGGGUGUUCCGAUUUGAUUCUCCUCUAUCUUUCGAGCCGUCGCCAUGGAAUUAUGUUCCUACGGCAUCGAAAGGACAAAUUCGGCUUGCCCGUCCGGGCAACAAGACGGAAGAAGGCGGCACGGAGCGAUGGGAGCGGGUGCUUCAGCAUGAAUUUGACCUGAUCGUCCGUGGUGUGGUCAAGUACCAGCUUCCACUGAGUUCCCGUCUGCACUCAGCCUCUGUUAGUUCUAGCAUCAAGGUAAUCCCUAACGAGGACGAUGACACGGAUGGGGGCGGCAAGCAUUCUCCGAACAACGAGACCGUCAGUAUUUCGGGGACCAGGUAUUAUCGCCGGCUUCGACGCGCCCGAUCCGAAAGUCCCGAGAUCUCGACGUUUGAGACGGUGAGGAAGACCCUUGGGUUCAUCAAGCGAGCAUUUACGGCGUGAAAUUGGUUUCCCGUAGCUGUCGGUCAUGAUCGCGUGGCUUCGCACUACUCAGCUGUGUCUCCUUCCCAUACUUUAUCGUGCUGGCUUUCGUCUCAACGGUCUUUGGAUCCCUGCCCUUUGCGGAAGGUCAAUCUAUCCAGAAUAAGGACUGAAUGGCCGGGUGUGACCCUUGCAUAUGGGGGGUAUCCCUCAAAGGGAGCAAGGGCUACUCCCCCUUGUGCCACUCGACAUGGCGUAUGACAGUACACUAUUGCGAUAACGUGUUUCCUUUGUUGGAGCUUUCAUUUUAUCAAACCUAGCGAUUGGUCUAUUUCUCAACUGAUGUGUAACGACCUGAUAAUUUCAUCAUGAAAAGAAAACGGCAGCAAAAGCAUGGAGAACGGCACAGUUUUUUUCUUCUUCUUCUAUUACAAUAAAGGAAAAGAACGUUAUGUAUGCAUCAGCACGGCGCUCUAUACAGCUUUCUUUUUCUGGGAGUAUGUUUUUUCUCUUUUUUUUUUCUUUUCUCACUUAUUGUGUUGCUUGCUUCAACUUGC